UGGAGGCGCGUGUUGCAGAUUCACAGAAAACGUCUUCAUUGGUUACUGUAACUGUCUGCCCAUGAUGGUGUGGAGGAGACUGUACAGCCAGCUGAGGUGUUCACACCGGUACAUCAGACUUCCAGGUCUGCAACUCAGGAACUACAGCUGUGAUGGGGCUGCACGGAGCAUCAGGAACAGGAAGGGUGCUAACAUCAUCCUGAUGGGCAGUCCGGGUGCAGGGAAGACCACAGUGGGGCGGCUCCUGGCCAGGAUGUUAGACAAACCUGUGGUGGACAUUGACAACGAUCACCUAGAGUCACACUGGGGCAUGCCGGUCUCUGAACAGCUGUCCAGACUUGGUCCAGAAGGUUUUCUACAGGCUGAAGGAGAGGCUGUGCUGAACUUCACAGCAGACAACUGUGUCAUCUCCCUGUCUGGGUCCAACCCCAUGCACCAGGCAGCCAUGGAACACAUCCGUACACUGGGAACGGUCGUGUUUCUGGACGUCCCCAGUGCAGACAUUCUGCACAGACUGGAGGUGAUGAAGGUCAACCGCAUCGUGGGUCAGGGUGCCGGCAUGUCUAUGGCCGACAUACUCAGGUAUCGCCAACAGUUCUACGAAGGGCAGUACGACAUUCGUGUGCUCUGUGGCAACAACGAAAGUGCAGAAGACAUUGCAAGAAAAGUGAAAGAGGUGUUGAUCUGGCACGAGGGCAGCAACAGUUAUAUCUCAACAAGACACUCUACGAAGGAGGAAGGAAGUAGUAGAACUUUCUCAGAAGUUGUCUUGGAGGGCCUUGCCCCAGAUGGAGGUCUGUAUGUUCCCAGGCAGGGGUUACGGCGGCUACAGGGGAGGGAGUGGGAGAGACUGGUGCACUGUAGCUACCAGGAGAGGGCACUCAGGAUCCUGGAGCAGUGCAUCCCUCAUGCAGAGGUCCAUCCUUCUGUACUCAACACCAUGGUGCAGGCAGCUUAUGCACAAAACAGAUUCAGCACUAGUGAUGUGGUCCCCUUGGUGCAGUUACAAGACAACCAGCACAUCAUGGAGCUCUUUCACGGGCCCACGGCAUCCUUCAAGGACCUGGCCCUGCAGCAGAUGCCGCAGUUCUACACCGAGUUCUCCCGGAGACGGAGCGAAGGUCAUGACGAGCACAGGUCACUUAUCCUGGUGGCGACGUCCGGAGACACGGGCAGCGCCGUGCUGGACGGGUUCAGCAGACUGCCUGAAUCCCUGCAGCAGUAUGUAGCAGUGAUGGUGCUGUACCCUGAGGAUGGCAUCAGCCCCAUACAGAAGGCACAGAUGACGACCAACCAGGCUGAUAAUGUCCACGUAGUUGGUGUUCAGUCAGAUUUUGACUUCUGUCAAUCAACUGUCAAGAGCAUCUUCAAGCAGCUGAGGGGUUUAUCUGAUGGCUCAUCAUCUGGACCGUACCACUCACACUACGGGGUUCACCUUAGUGCUGCUAACUCCAUCAACUGGGGGAGACUACUGCCACAAGUUGUGUAUCAUGCAUCGGCAUACUUAGAUCUGGUUAGGCAAGGUACCAUUUCCAUGGGCCAGGAGGUGGACCUCUGCAUCUCCACAGGAAACUUUGGAAACAUCCUGGGUGCUGUGUAUGCUAAGAGGAUGGGCAUUCCCUUCAAGCGUUUCAUCUGUGCCUCCAACCAGAACAACAUCCUCACAGACUUCCUAAACACAGGUUGUUAUGACCUCCAACAUCGACGGUUACACCGGACCAUGUCACCAUCCAUCGACAUUCUCGUGUCCUCUAAUCUGGAGAGGUUCCUUCACCUGUUGACCGGUGAUGGAGGUUUGAUAACAGACAUGUUCCACCAGCUGGAGCACCAGAGACUUUUUAAAGUGCCAAAUCAGAUGCUGAGUGAGCUACAGGAAGACUUCUGUGCAGACUGGUGCCAUGAGGAGGAUUGUGCCAAAACUAUUCAAACAGUUUUUCAGUCAAAUGGUUACUUAAUGGAUCCACACACUGCAGUGGCUAAGACUGUUGCAGACCGAUUUUUGGCGAGAGAUCGUCCGAUGCUCCUGGCCUCCACUGCCCACUACUGCAAGUUUGCACCUGAUGUCCUGACAGCCCUGGGGGAAAGAUUAUCCUCAAACAACCCUGUCCAGCUCUUUCAGGCUCUUCAAACACUAAAUCCACAUCCCACAUUACACAGUCAACUUAGCAAGGACAUAGAGAGGCCGAGAAAACACCAGGCUGUUCUAGAAGCUGACCACAGUCAGGUUGUAACAGAAAUGGAAAGUUUUAUGAGAAGAUACUUCUCAGAUCUAGAGUGAGGGUGGCCAAGUCGGAGGGGUAACAUUGUCAAAGAUUCAAUACCUCAGGGAAGGGCUGAAAAAUGAAGCAACAUUUUAGUUUCUACGAGGUUUUAAGGGAAAUUUGGUUUGGGGCCACUACAAAAGUACCAGGUGAUUUUGACAUUUUUACAUGAAUCCCAGAUUCCCAGCUGCUGAACAUUACAUGAUUAUAGCAUUUUAAGUUCUGUAUAUAGUUAUUUAAUCCAGAAUACACGAUAGAAAGUCAUUGAAGACUGCAAGUCAAGGCAUGUCACAAGUCAAGAUCCAUUUAUGAUUUUACUGCAGCAUUUACUGAACAAGUUCUCAAAGCCUUAUAUGAUCAAGCAACAGCAAUUACAAAGUUAUCAGCGCUACAAAAUUAUAUGAUGAUACACUGGUACAAAAAAAAUCGUAAAACCCACAUCUUACAUUUUCUGCAUUGAAUUCCGAUACAUCAGGCCUAGCCUGAUCACACUCCUAUAGCAGCCCUGCCACCAGCCUGGCCACUAGAAGGGACCCAUAAAGUUCUGGAGAGUUUGAGAGAGUUACAGACUACAUAAGGUACUUGUUAUAAUAUUCAACCUACAAUAGAUAGGUGUACAUCUCUAAGUCUUUGUGUACAUAUUGAAAACUAACAAAGGAUGGUGAUGUAAAGCUGGCUGCCUUGUGCAUGGGGAGCUUCAGGUGUCAAACCUUUGUGGGUAAAGGAACCCAAAACAUUUAUCGAGAAGAGUAGGGGUAACAGGUGGUCAACUGGUGCAAAAAUAUAUCCACAAGCCAUAUGCAAAAUAUAUCCACCAUCUACUUGCAUCAUA